UGCUUCACAACACAACACAACACACGUUUAAAUUACCUCCUGAAAAAAGUUAAUUAAAACCCCAUUUUAACUAAUUAGUGCUAAAUUAUUUAUGUGUUAAACAUCUCCCCCACCCUACCAGCACCCACCAACACCAAAAUUCCCAUCAAAAAACUCCAAUUCCCAAAAAAUAAACGCCAACAAUGUGCGAAGGCAACAACCACGUGGGUAACUCACCUGACAACACUCAAUGUGAUCCAGUUUCCCUUCUAAACAAAAUCAAAAACUCAAUAUCCUCAUUGGUCCCAAAAACAAAGAAAAAGGAUUUAGACAAAGUUCUAAGUGAUAUCGACGCAGUGAUUAAUACAAUCUCAUCCGAUAAGAUAACUCUCGCUGAGAGCAAUCUACUGGCUCGAAUCAAUAAUGCCCUCAACGAGUCUACCACCAAAACUCGACCGUCUUACGCAGACAAGGCAUCCAAACCAGCAACACUAAAAGCAUAUGUGGUUAAGCCUCUGACUCCAGGAGAUAACAUUGAUGAAAUAAGUAAAAAAUUAAAGACUCACCUGAGACAAAAUAAGGAAACAAACAUUGACUCAAUGGUUGUCAACCAAAAUAAUAUACGCAUUUUAUCAAACGACUCACAAUUGAAAACGAAGAUCAACCAAGCCAUCAUCUCAGCUGAACUGGAUAAAAAUGUUGAAAUUACUGAACUGAGCAAAUUAAAACCUCAGAUCUCACUCAUGAUACCCACCGACCAGCUCGAAGACGCGGAAACAAUAAAGAUGAGGAACAACAUCCCUCAAAGCGAAGACUUUGACAUCAUAGUAAAUAAUGAAAUCAAAACAAAAUCACGCUACAAAAAGAACUACGUUAUCAUCAGAAUGAGCAAAAACGCUCGACAAAUAAUCCAACAAAGAUCAAGGCUCUACAUUGGAUGCGAAAGCAUUGAGUUUAGAGACAACUUUAAUGUACGAAAUUGCUUCAACUGUAACCGGAUUGGCCACACAGCCAAAUAUUGUGAUGCUACUCCUUCCUGCCGUCGCUGUGAAAAAGACCACAAUACCAACAAAUGCGAAAUUGAAGAACAAGAUAAAAGCUCAACUAAAUGUCAUUUCUGCAAAAACGCUGGUUUCAAAAACCUAGACCACAAAUACAAAUCACCACAGUGCUCAUCAUACAACCAAGCCAUCAAUAGGCUAAAAAACAUUAUUGACUUUGAAUAUGAAAAUUAAGUUCACCUGCCACAAUUGUCAAAACCAAGCACAUCGAACCAUCAACACAAUCAACCUUGCAGAACCCAACAACAUAGUACUCCUCCAAGAACCAAACAUUAAAUCACUACUCACACUUAAUCAACGCUUCUACACCACCAUUAACAAUGGAAGAUCCUCCAUCACCAUACUCAAAACGAAAUUAAAGAAACACCAUAAAAUUGGUACAGACUCCAUCGCAGCUAUUGCUCACAGUAAUGGUAAAAAAAUAUUAAUCGUCAAUACUUAUUUAUCACCCAACAUUGAAAUGAAACAAGUCAAAACUGAGUUAGAAGAACUAAACCAAAUCCUUAGACGAUAUAAAGAAAUGGCAACAGUAUUUCAAGGCGACUUAAACUCACAGCACUACCUUUGGUCUCCACUUGCUGAACCUAGAAAAACACAAAGAGCUGAUCUCACCGCUGAAUUACUAACUGCCAACAACAUCAAUACACCUUAUAACCCGAAACUAAUUAACCACACCUUCACAAGCAUCUCUGGCAAUAAAAGUUGGAUUGACAUCUUUGGAACCAACAAAAAGAUUCGAGCUGAUGUUAACAUCCAUCCUCAGCCCAAAGAUCACUCAGUUAUCAUAGCAACAUGCGAAAUCAUCAGCUCUGACCCAGUCAACGUUGAAACCAAAACAACCAAAAAAAUAAUAAACAAAUCCGAAUACUUACCACUAGUUCUAAAUGAACUACGAUCAGCCAACAUCAACCAAUGUCAACUGACAACAGAACUAGAUGAUGUCCUUCUCCAAACAACCAAAAACAUCAUAAAACACCAAGUCAACUCAAUCAAAGUUAUCCAGCCAAAAAAUCCAGCCAAACCAACAGACAAGAACCUAGUAAAAUUAGCUAAGAAGAUGAAAACCCAAUUAAAGAAAAAUCCCACCCAACAAAACAUCAAUGAAUAUUAUAACCUAAAGAAGAAAAUACAUCUGAAUAUCAAAGAAAAAAUUGAACAGGAAUUUUCCAACCAGAAUCCUAGACUAUGGCAAAAAAUCAACAACACUAUCACCACCAAAAGCGUCCAAAUAACACAAGAAUAUGAAGCCAAUCUGCAAACCCUCCUAGCCAACUUCACCAAACCAUAAAUGACAUCCAAAGCACAACAAAAUAAACUCAACCAUCAACAAAUCCCUCAUAUUAGACAAAGACGAAAUUACCAAAGAAGUCAAGAGUUUACGAAACUGUUCAACUGGAAUCGAUAUGCUUAGUAAAGAUGACAUCUUAUACUUACUAAAUGAAAUCCCUGAUACAAUAACAAGCAUCAUCAACUAUUGUAUCAACUCUAACUUCUUCCCAACAGCUUUUAAAAUAACAAGAACAGUCAUUAUACCCAAAGCUGAUGAGAAACGGUGCAGACAGCUCCAGAUACAAUCAAUAAUGGCCAAAAUAACUGAAAACUACCUCCACAAGCAACUAAAACAAUUUAUUCCUGAUAACUACUUCAAAAUCCAACAUGCCUUCAUUAAUAAUAAAAGCAUCAUUGAUACAAUAAACAAGGUAAUAACACCUUUAACCAACAAAAACAUAUCCUGCUAUACAAUUAUGGCUGACAUUGAAAAAGCUUUUGAUAAUGUUUCGCACAAGGAAAUACUAAUGAACUGUGCGAAACUAAAAGUUCCAA